CCCAGCCUGGCUCUGGCCCGGGGCCUGCGCGGGCUGCUCCGCCGCCGCCAUGGGCCCGGAGAUGGAGCCGCUGCUCCUGGCCUGGAGCUAUUUCAGGCGCAGGAAGUUCCAGCUCUGCGCCGAUCUGUGCACGCAGAUGCUGGAGAAGUCUCCCUAUGACCAGGCUGCUUGGAUUUUAAAAGCACGCGCCCUAACUGAAAUGGUCUAUGUAGAUGAAAUUGAUGUAUAUCAGGAAGGAAUUGCAGAAAUGAUGCUGGAUGAAAAUGCUAUUGCUCAGGUUCCCCGCCCUGGAACAUCUUUGAAACUCCCUGGAACUAAUCAGACAGGAGGGCCUAGUCCUGCUGUCAGGCCAAUCACGCAAGCUGGAAGACCAAUUACAGGUUUCCUUAGGCCCAGCACACAAAGUGGAAGGCCAGGCACUAUGGAACAGGCCAUCAGAACACCCAGAACUGCCUACACGGCUCGUCCUAUUACUAGCUCAUCUGGGAGAUUUGUCAGACUGGGCACAGCUUCCAUGCUUACAAAUCCUGAUGGACCUUUUAUAAAUUUAUCUAGACUGAAUUUAACAAAAUACGCCCAGAAACCUAAAUUAGCAAAGGCUUUGUUUGAGUAUAUCUUUCAUCAUGAAAAUGAUGUUAAGACUGCCUUGGAUUUGGCGGCCCUUUCCACAGAGCACUCUCAGUACAAGGACUGGUGGUGGAAAGUACAGAUUGGAAAAUGUUACUACAGGUUAGGAAUGUAUCGUGAAGCAGAAAAACAGUUUAAAUCAGCCCUGAAGCAGCAGGAAAUGGUGGAUACAUUUCUCUACUUGGCAAAAGUUUAUAUCUCAUUGGAUCAGCCUGUGACUGCUUUGAAUCUUUUCAAACAAGGUUUAGAUAAGUUUCCAGGAGAAGUAACCCUACUUUGUGGAAUUGCCAGGAUCUAUGAGGAAAUGAACAAUAUGUCAUCAGCAGCUGAAUACUACAAAGAAGUUUUGAAACAAGACAAUACUCACGUGGAAGCCAUUGCAUGUGUUGGAAGCAACCACUUUUAUUCUGAUCAACCAGAAGUAGCUCUCCGGUUUUACAGACGGCUCCUGCAGAUGGGUGUUUAUAACUGCCAGCUUUUUAACAAUCUGGGGCUCUGCUGCUUCUAUGCCCAGCAGUAUGAUAUGACUCUGACCUCAUUUGAACGUGCCCUUUCUCUGGCCGAAAAUGAAGAAGAGACAGCUGAUGUCUGGUACAAUUUGGGACACGUAGCUGUGGGAAUAGGAGAUAUGAAUUUGGCCCAUCAGUGCUUCAGGCUGGCUCUGGUCAACAACAACAACCACGCCGAGGCCUACAACAACCUGGCCGUGCUGGAAAUGCGGAAGGGCCAUGUGGAACAGGCAAGGGCACUGUUACAAACUGCAUCAUCUUUAGCACCCCAUCUGUAUGAGCCGCAUUUUAAUUUUGCAACAAUCUCUGAUAAGAUGGGAGAUCUACAGAGAAGCUAUGUUGCUGCUCAGAAGUCGGAAGCAGCGUUUCCAGACCAUGUGGACACACAGCAUUUAAUCAAACAGUUAAGGCAGCACUUUGCCAUGCUCUGAUGGUCCUUACACCAAAUAUGUCCUUAGCAACGGGCAUUCAUUCUACAAGGGAAAGGGAGGUGUGUGUGUGUCUCUGUGUGUGUGUGACUAAAAUACAAAUAUCUGCUUGAUAGGGAAAGGGGUGUGUGUGUGUGUGACUAAAAUACAAAUAUCUGAUAGGGAAAGAGGGGUGUGUGUGUGUGACUAAAAUACAGAUAUCUGCUUCAUAAGUAAAGGGGUGUGUGUGUGUCUGUGUGUGUGUGUGAGAGAGAGACUAAAAUACAAAUAUCUGCUUGAUAGGAAUGAAGGUGGCACAUAAAAGAGUGUAAACGAGAAUGUAUAAUAAAAACUUUAUAAUAAUAGUAACUUUAUAAUAUCAUAAAAUAUGGGGCCUAAGCAUUUGUAAUUGGACCAUGAAACCAUUUCUCAUAAUGUAUGGUAACUGUUUAUAAUGUUUAAAAAACAUUUUAAUGCGUUUCUUCAGAUUUGUGUAAAAGCACAUCUUUAAUGUUCCUAAGCUGACCGUUAGCCAUCAUGUAGAGUAAGGGGUCUGAAAUCUGCCUUAAAACCACACUUUUAUGACUAAAAGUGUAUGCUUAUCAUAUGUAGAGAUUUUAAUUAGAGCUUAAAAUUGUAUUUAAACCUAUUUUUUAUUAAAUACUUUACGUUUUCUUAUAUAUUGUGCUUUAAAAUAAAUCAGUGUGUAUACAUCAUCAUUCUGUAUUUUU